AUGAACUCAGUGAUGGAAGCCACUAAAUCGAACUGGACCAGUUUGUAUUUUGUUGCAGCAUAUAUCUUGGUCAACAUGGUGAUCAUGAAUUUAUUCGUAGCCAUAGCCAUUGAAGCUUUUAACAAACUUGGGACAUUGGAUGAAGAUCAGCCGCAACUGAGGCCACACAUUGAAAGACAAGCAUCAGACCAGUACCAUUUCAGUACCACUUCAGACGUCUCAAUGAAGCAUCAAGCUGUCCACAUGAUCAGCAGCGUGGCCAGCAGUUUAUUCGGAAGUGUUAGGGCAGACCAAGUUGCAGAGAGAAGACAAUCCCUUACAGCGGCAGACGCCUUCAACUUUCAAGUUAGAAGAGGCACAAUCAAACGAGGAUCAAUCAUGAAGCAUAGACAAGCCUCUAUAGAGAAAAACGCCGAAGGAGACAAGAAGGAAGACAGAGAGCGGGUCCUUAAGAUGCGAAUGAAGGAGAAGAAACGAGCGAAGCAGAAAAUGGCCAAUGCCGAACACAAGGUACGAGUGGCGACGGCGUUCAGAGGAAACAAAGAAACUGACUUGGACUUACAAGUUGGAGAUGAAGUUACUGUGCUUGUCAAGAAAGAUGAUUGGUGGCAAGGACGAUGUAGGAGUAAAGUAGGAUGGUUUCCUGCUUCUCACGUGAUCUUAAGAACAGUAAAGGCUGUUCCAGAGUAUGGAAAACACAGAUCAAGGAAAUCCACUGCAGGGACUAGUGGAGAAAGCCCCUCCCCCUCCCCCAUAGCCGCUGAGGACGAAAAUGCAAACAACAAGGUAAAAUAUCUUGUCAAGGAAAAAAGCUCGUCUUCUUUGGGUCGAAAAGAAAACACCUUCUUCCGUGAUAGAUCCUCCACAUCAGGCAGCCAAGUUCCCAGUACACCGCCAGCUGUGAGAGGCCGGGUGAAACUGAAAAAAACUGGUGACUGGAGAAGGGAAAUUCUAGGAGACAUGACUGUCAUGAACGCAGAGGAGUUACGCGAAUUGAACAGCAUCAUGAGAGCGGAGCUGAGAACGCCAACAGGACUACGCUCAAAGAGACUGGGUCCACUAAGAUUGAACGGUGACGAUGAUUCUAUAAGGGAGUGUUUUAUUAGCGAAGACCAUGAGCUUGUGGAAAUUAAUCAAGGUCGACCAAACAGUGCUCUGGAUCCCAGGCCUUACUCUGGGCGUUAUUUAGGCAGGUCCAGUAGUCCACGGUUUAGUCAGAAUUCUGUUGGUCCUUUGAACAGAUUACGAACCGAGAGUGGAAGCAGCAGUGAACGGUCGCCAUCAUCAGCAAAAAUACCUUCGGUUGAGUUCUUCAGUCCCGGUACCCCAACACCACCCUCCACAACCACAGAGCAGCUCUCGUCCUCAUCCGCAAAUAGUGCCAGGCUCUCUUCAAGCCCGAAAUUAUCGCCAAAGCAAAAGAGACCUGUGGAGAAGCCCAAGAAUGGUGAGAUGCCACAGUGGAUGAAAAACUUUGUCGAAACAAACAAUUUAGUGGUCGGUAAAGAUAUUAAGUUGGACGAAUCAAAGGCUGAGGGAAGACGGGGCUCAUCAACUUCUCCAUCUGGUACAGGAACUACAAAAUCAGGAACUAAAACAAAAACGGGAUCUAAAUCCUCCGGAUCGGGAUCACCGAGGGGUUCAGGAUCCCCGAGGAAUUCCGGAGGUACUAGCGGGACAAAAUCCCGCUCGUCUCCCGGUGUUGCUAAGAAAGGAGGGACAAGUCCCGUCGGAUCCCGAAGUCCUGGAGGAAGGCCUGUCACACCGGGCAAAGGACUUAAUAGGCAAUCCGUUUCAUGAGACUGUUUUUAUUUAGAAGAUAGAGCUCCUCUUUGAACAAGAUUAGCUGGUCACGCUGGGCCGUUGGGUGACACAAAACAUGAAAACGAGGGUGACCUUCUUCUGGUCACACCAUUGACCAUCG